AUGGGGCGGUGGCGGAGUCUGCUUCGGGCACUGGACGGUUUCUGCCUUUCUCUGCUGCUGCUGCUGCUGCUGUUGCCGCCUCCGUUCUUGGCGGCCGGCGCUGCUGGAGAUCGCUCCUUGCAAGUGCUGCACGGCUGCUUAUUUGACAGGAGGCUAUGCUCUCAGCAGGAAGUCUGUGUGCAAGAUGGUUUAUUCGGCCAGUGCCAGGAAAGUUCAUUGCGAGACCAGCCCUACUUUCAAGUCACUGCAUCAAUGCUCCAGCGUUUGCAAGCUAUUCUACGGCAUCUUAUGGCACAAGGUUUAUCAUGGCAAGAUGACUUUACACAGUAUGUGAUUGCCCAGGAGAUGGAACACAUCCCUAGGCUUUAUCUUCCUUCUUCAUGGAAUUCUGCAGCUGAGGAUAGGUUGCCACCUCAUCACCUAGUUCCCAGGAGACCCUCUUUGUCAUCUCAGCCUUCCUCCCCUCAGGGAGGUCACCAGCCUCCUCUGCCCCCAGCACUCCUGCAGAGGUAUCUGGAAUUGCUUUUGGCCUCUCAGCCUGAGCUAAGUCACAAGAACGCGUUCCUGUCGUCUUAUCCUCAUUACCAGUUCAGCUAUCCAGAUGGCACCUUCCAGGGCAGUUCUGGUGGUCACAACCCAAAGUCUCCCAUUUUCUUAGACCAAGCUGCUCCUUCCAAGGUCUUCAUGAGCGCCAGCACUGCUCCUCUCUAUAGGGAACAGCAGGGGCUGGAUGGAAGUCAACUUUUCCAAGACCUGGGGGCACUUUACUUAACCCAGGAACAGACAGGUAAAUCCAGAAACAGGGCUGAGAACAAGCAAGAUUCCAAGAUAGAUUAUCCUCUUCAGGACAGUGGUCACAACCUUGAAAACAGAGCAGAGUCUCAAGCACACUCUACCGAGCCAGACAGACUCGUACAGAGGCUUACAGCAAUAUUUGCCAACUAUGGGAUUAAACCACAGGACAUGAUUCAGUUCCUUCAGAGUCCCAAUAAACAUGCUGGUAGGCUUGAACAAGAGGCUCUGGAGUCCAAGCGGGUGACAGAAGCAGAAAUGCAACACAGGGAGGAGCCGGAGCCAGUCCCCUCUCAAGAAGACUCUGUCAGUGUCAUUCCCACAGAGGGGCAAAUUCAAGCACACAGGGAGAGAUUUGGCUCAGCUGGGGCCCCCAUGUCAAUGACAACAUCUCCCCCAGACUCACAGAAGCCCUUAAGCCCUGGGGAAGGUGAUACCAGAAGUCCUGAGGAGCAGGGGGUGAUGGUGAAGAAGAGUCGCAUGGCAGUAGGUGUACUCAAUAAGGAUGGAGAGCAGCCAGAGACACCAUUGGCGGCAGAGGAAUAUGGCUACGUUGUCACUGACCAGAAGCCAUUAAGCCUGGCUGUUGGCAUUCACCUCCUUGAGACCCUGGCUGAACGUGUUCACUUAUCUACUGCCAGCUUCAUCAAUAUCAGUGUGUUGGGUCCAGCUCUCACAUUCCGCAUCCGUCAAAACCACCAAAAUUUGUCUCUGAAUGAUGUCGCCAAUAGGGCAGCCCUGGUGAAGUCAGAGCUGGAAUCGGAGGUUGGAAUAAAGAUCCUACAGAUGGGUAUAGGACAGCGUAACGAGGCUACAACAUACCCCCAUCCUGCCCAUUUCGGCAACACCUUCCACUCGGUGCUGCUCACCUUUGUGUUACUGGCCUGUGUGGCCGGCAUUGUCAUUGCUGCUGCUGUGGUCUUUUGUCUGCGCCAGCAUGCCAAGCAGCGGGAGAAAGAGCGGUUGGCAGGGCUGGGGCCAGAGGGAGCAACCGACAGCACCUAUGAAUACCAGGAGCUCUGCCGACAGCACAUGGCUGCCAAGUCACUCUUUGGCCGUGCAGAAACCCCUCCGCCCCCUGCUCCUGCCGAAAACUCUCGUGUCAGCAGUGUCUCCUCACAGUUCAGCGAUGCACCCCAGGCCAGUCCCAGCUCCCACAGCAGCACGCCAUCUUGGUGUGAAGAGCCUGUGCAGUCCAACAUGGAUAUCUCCACUGGACACAUGAUUCUGGCAUAUAUGGAGGACCAUCUACGUAAUCGUGAUAGGUUGGCUAAAGAGUGGCAAGCACUGUGUGCAUACCAAGCAGAACCAAACACUUGUGAUGCUGCCCAGCGUGAAGCCAAUGUCAAGAAGAACCGCAACCCAGAUUAUGUGCCCUAUGAUCACGCACGCAUCAAGUUGAAAAUGGAAAGCAACCCAUCGCGGAGUGACUUCAUUAAUGCCAGCCCCAUUAUUGACCAUGAUCCACGGAUGCCAGCAUACAUUGCAACACAAGGUCCAUUAUCCCACACCAUUGCUGAUUUUUGGCAGAUGGUAUGGGAGAACGGUUGCACAGUCAUUGUCAUGCUCACCCCCCUCGUGGAGGAUGGCGUCAAGCAGUGUGACCGCUAUUGGCCCGAUGAGGGAUCCUCACUUUACCACAUCUAUGAGGUGAACCUGGUCUCAGAGCACAUCUGGUGCGAGGAUUUCCUGGUGCGCAGUUUCUACUUGAAGAAUGUGCAAUCACAGGAGACACGGACUCUGACGCAAUUUCACUUCCUGAGCUGGCCAGCAGAGGGCAUCCCUACCACCACUAGGCCUCUUCUUGACUUCCGCAGGAAGGUGAACAAAUGCUACCGGGGCCGCUCAUGCCCAAUUGUCGUGCACUGCAGUGAUGGUGCAGGAAGGACUGGAACAUACAUUCUUAUUGACAUGGUUUUAAACCGAAUGGCAAAAGGUGUGAAGGAGAUAGAUAUUGCAGCCACCUUGGAGCACGUGAGGGACCAGAGACCAGGUGUGGUGCAGAUUAAGGACCAGUUUGAGUUUGCACUGACAGCCGUGGCAGAGGAAGUGAAUGCCAUCCUGAAGGCUCUGCCACAAUGAAGCCUCCGUUCAGCAUAUCCCAACUUGGUGAUUCCCCAACCCGACCCUUUGCCUCUGCUGUUGCUGUGUUCUUGCCUGGGGUGUUUUCCCUUUACCAUGUAUCAUCUCCAUGUGGUUCACCAUGGCUGCAUUUAAUUGCCCUGUGGAAAUGCUGGCCCCUUACCUACCUGCUCAAUUGGGCCUCAUCCAUCCAACAUCCUAUAACCCUCAUGCUGCUAAGGCCUACUCCACCCUGGUCUCUCUGGAAGCAGCCCUUGGUGGAUAGAAGAGUGGGUCCCUUUUUGGACAGCCAGGUCACCUCUCAUGUGAGAGGAUGUGCCAUGGAGCAAUACAGGGGCUGUAGUCCAAAGAAGAGUUAGCCCCCUUGUGAGAUGCAUUAAAGACCAGUUUUCUGAAGUGCCUACUUUAUGUUUAUGGGCAUCGGUCAAAGCAACUAGAUUUGCAAUGGGCGGGCUGUGGGCCCAUUUCUUUUUUCUCUUCAGUAUCCGGCUGAGCCCUAGUGCCCAAAUGAAAUGAGUUAGAAAUGGUAAUGCCUUAGCAGAAGCUAGGUUACGUCAGUUGCCAGUUUUCAUCCUUCUUCCAUUCUUCCCUCUCUAAAUUUCACCUCCUGAAUCUGUGCCUACAGCAGGGGAAGAACCUAACACUGCUUCUGCGCUCAUUGUUGUCCCACUGUUGUCCUCCUUCUCUGUUUCCUGCAGGCCUGGAGCCAAGCCUAGUCACAGCCAUUUGCUCCCUUCCCUAAAACGGAGGAAGGGAACGUCACAGGGAGAUGGCCCUACAGCUGCUAAUUGCUGUGUUGUCUCCCUACGUUCUCCUGGGUGUUACUUAUCACAAAGAGACAUUUCUAGAGAAUCUAAUUUUGUAUUUGAUGUGAAUAAAGGUUUUGUGUCGCGUUUGUGCAGCUGCA